AUGUCGUUCAAUCUAAGAAAACACCAAAGUAUUCUUCCAAGUAGCAUGAUUUUAAUGUUUCUUUGCUUUUUUCUUUUAAUAUUUUCGGUGAUAAUGAGUCAUUUUUCAAUCGAGAUUAAAGAAUUUGAUAAGGAUGGUGGAAUCAAGUAUAAACCAGAGUUUGUUUAUUCCUUGGUAGAAACCAGAGAAUUACUGACCAAUGUUUGUAAACUUCCAUAUAUUUUCUUUCCGAAUGAAGAUGAGGACGUUUUUGGACUUACACCGGACAAAUCGAAACAACAUAUUGUGAGAGGCGAAUGCAAAAUAAAUGAACUGAAUGAAAAGGUUGACUUAUCAUCUGACGGAUAUUUGACACUUCGAUCAAAAAAUACAAAUGAUUUACCCUCUGAUAUAAGAUGCACCUUUUACAAAAAUAGUGGGCCAAAUGAGCACCCAAUUAAGGUUGAAAAAAAUGUGCCCGUUAAAGUUCCAUUCUACAAUUUUGCUUUUGCUUGCGAAAGAAACGGUAUUGUUGAAUUUCUGAAACCCUUUGUGAAUUUUGCAUCAAUUCCAAAAAAAUCAAACGGGGGAUCAAUUGCCAUAAUAUUUCUUCCAGCAAUAAAUCACAAACUAUUUAUGAAGAAAAUGCCGUUGAGUAAGCAUUUCAUGCAAGACAACCAGUUCAGAUUUGCACAAUUUAUGAGCAAAAAUGAACCAAAUUCAAUGCAAGAUUUGUUACUACAACUUGGAAUUUCAAAUAAAAUUAAUAUGUUCAGAAAAGCAAAGCAAAAUAAUUUUACAACUUUUUUCUCUGGUCCACAACAAAUCAGAUAUAUGAUUGAUGUAGAUUAUGAUACUUUGGAUCAUCAGAAUUUCAUAACACAAUUCUUAAUUGAUGGAAACUUAUGUUUGAAAAAUGGAAAAAAAUUAGUAAAUGAUCAAUUGGAAAAAAUCGGAGCAUUUCUGACAUCAACAGCAGAUUCCAAGGUGUUUUCAGCAAUGUUUAUUGAUGAAUAUGAUGAAUAUCGUAGACAAUCAAUUGAUCAAGAUUUGAAAAAAAUGUUGGAUCUAUUAAAGGAAUCAAACAUUUUCGAGAACACUACACUAAUCAUCACUUCGUACGACUUAUCAACAAAAGAUAUUGAAAACGAAAACGACAAAUAUCCAAUGUUUGCUUUUCGUCCAUCCAACCAAUUCAUAGAAAAUAAUAAUCAGAAACUAUAUUUCAUGAAUAUGAAUUUCAACAGGUUAUUGUCUUCUACUAAUUUCAAUCAAAUGCUUGUUGAAUUAAUCAAUCCGAAAGAAAAAUCUUCAAAAUCUGUCUUCAUAGCUCAACCAACAUCAAGGAACUGUACGUCUGAAGGAAUAUCAGAAAAUAUAUGUUUAUGCAUGAAUAUGAGUACAUCCUCUGGGUAUCCUGAAAAAGGCGAAAAAAACUUCCUUCAAACAUUGCGAACAAGAUUUACACAAGAAGUGAAAACACACAAAUGUGUUCGUUCGUUUGAACUUGAAGAUUAUAAAAUUUUUUAUGAAUACUCAAUUGGAACAAGUAAGGAAGUACGUGGCGUAGAAUUGACCGGAUUUGUGAAUAUUAUCAGUUCAAGGGGUAAGAAAACCCUUUUGCUGAAAAAGAUGUUCACCUUCAAACCGGAGUUUGCUUCAUUUAAUAGUUUCGAUACAGCAAGGGUUGUUGUCGGUUAUGAAGUUAACAUUGGUAUUGCAAGGUAG